UUACUUUAGUUUUAGUUUAGCCUAACAUGUUCCAAGAGAAUUAUUAGGGUGUGAAUUAACAGAAAAAAUACAUAGUACAGUAGAUUUGUUCAGUUUAUUUGUCUAUAAGCAUUAGGCCUAAAUUGAGAUUAUAUAUUUUUCUAGUGAAAUUGGAAGGCACUCAAUCAAUUUUAACACCUUUAAAUUGUACACUGAAUCUAGAUAUGCGAGUACUUAGGUAAAUGUCAGCACUCUAGGCGAUAUCAUGGAAAAUAAAUAUUCAGUUUCUGAGUUACUGCAAUAAGGAGAUGGAUCUGCAAGAUGAGUUUAGCUUCUCCUAGAGCGGUAAAGGCGUUAGCUUUGGUGGUCGUGGUGCUGAUAGUACUGCAGUACACGUAUACAACGUUCUUUGAAUCUCGUUGGAUCGAACCUCUCUUCAUAUUCAACUCGUCUCUGUUGGGGAAGAAUCACAUCUACGUGUUCCCUGGACACAUGAUAAACAACAGUGACAAAUCCAAUGCAAAUUCCUCAGAAACUCAGGUUUUAUAUGAUCACAAGGGACCACUGCCACUUUGUCCACCAGUGCCUCCUAAUUUAGUUGGUCCGAUGAAAGUGAUUAAGGACAUAGUUCCCGCUGAGGACAUUGCUCGUCUGUUCCCGGACCUCCAGCCUGGUGGACAGUGGCAGCCCCGGAACUGCACGGCUCGUGACCACGUAGCCAUUAUUGUGCCGUACCGUAACCGCGAGGCACAUCUGUAUAUACUUCUGCGCAACCUACAUCCUAUGCUGCAGAGGCAACAAAUCGACUACGGGAUAUUCAUCAUUGAGCAAGCAGGAGAAGGGCCAUUCAACCGAGCAAUGCUGUUCAAUGUCGGGUUUUUGGAAGCUCUUAAGGUCCGAGACUUUGAUUGUUUCAUAUUUCACGACGUUGAUCUCAUUCCUGAAGACGAUAGAAAUUUUUAUACAUGUCCAGAGCAACCUCGUCACAUGUCCGUAGCUGUUGAUGUUUUUAGUUACAAGUUGCCUUAUGCAGAUCUGUUUGGGGGAGUGAGUGCCAUGACCAGGGAACAGUUUGAACAAGUGAAUGGCUUCAGCAACAUGUUCUGGGGAUGGGGAGGAGAGGACGACGACAUGUCGUCACGUCUGAGGAACUCCGGGCUACACAUAUCCCGCUACCCUAACAACAUAGCACGCUACACCAUGCUCACUCACCGCAAGGAGAAAGCCAACCCCAAGAGGUACGAGAAGCUGUACAACAGCCACAAACGCAUGAGUGUGGACGGCAUCAACAGCAUCCAGUAUAAGAGGCUUUCCCUCAAGUUUGGGAAAUUAUUCACCUGGGUGUUGGUAGAACUGGCUGGCGGCAGCUGAUGGUCGGCCUGGGCUCGUCUUUGGGCCCCGCAGCAUCUACUGUGAUAUUCCUCCACACUACGUAAUACGUGAUAUCGAUUAGUCGUUUGCAGGUAUCAUGCAGUGUUUCAGUUUCCGACAUUGAUAAUAAGGCUUUAGAGUUUGGUAGCUUCAAAAGGAAAUAUUGGUUGUUGAAAAGUGAAGUAUUUCUUUGAAUUGUUAGUUAGUAUUUUAAAUAUUGAGACUUAACUGGAGGUAAAGUGAUUUUAUACGUGACGUUUUGUCGACUUCUUAGUUUUAGUUUUUUUUUUUUUUACUGAGAAACUUUAUUUUUAUGGUUCAGUUGAUUAAACUUAAGUUUUUACAAUGUUGUAACUUACAAGUUACUAUUGGAUCAAGCAAUUCACAUGACAUGUUUAAUUAUUUUUUCAGGGUUUUUAGGAGUACAGGAUCUAUUGAAUAAGUUAUAGUGUAUUUUAGGUAUCUUUUACUGAAUUUAAUUCAUGAUAAAUAAGAUAGGUAAACAUAAUGGCAAGACUCAGU